AUGGGACUGGCAGUCGCCGACGGCACGUCUGUGGUUUCUCUUUUCAUAUACGGGGCUGAUCAGCAGUCAUUGGUCGCUUCUGUAGUCGAGACGAAAACAGACGAAGCAACAUACAGCAUAAAUUGCCCUUCUGGGACUAAAUCAUCCGAUUGUGGGUUUGAGCCAGGCCUGCUUUAUACUGAGGGACCAACAACUGUACAAUGGCAUUUGCAAACGCCCUAUGACGCUGAUAAGUUUGGUCAUGUUAUUUGCUCAACAGGAGGCACCACGACCGCCGUCUGCACGGAGGUGACACCUACCAAUGGCUCAGCCGCUCAAGCUAGCGAGACAACAACCCUGAGCAGUGACCAAAUUUCUUUACUGGCAGUUACGAUAACUGCUGGUCCAAACGGAACCGGUAUCAACUCUACUGCUAGCGCUACUGAAAGUAGUGUUGCAGCGACUGCCGGUGCAAAUCCUUCUGCUGGAAGCGCUUCAAGCUCUGGAAACACCCCCCCAAUGUCCAUGUCAUUGGAAAUUUUGUUUGGUGGGUUGGCAGUAGGGCUGAUAGCAAUUGCAUUGUAA